AUGCACCCUUGGUUACUGCACUGUGGGACAACUAAUAUAUCAAUGGAACCAAGACUAAUGGCGAACGGGAUGGCGUGUCUUCUUUGCGAUCCGCUUUCAGAACAAAAUAGCGCCAUCGCUUACAGCAAAGGUAUCCCUAGAUCAGCACGGCCUCUUCUUACUGAAGAGUUUUUAUCAAAAAUUAGCGGCAGAGCCCUCGCUCGAAGUCAAACGACAUGUGCGUAUUCUGCUCUCAGGAAUGAAAAGUUGAGUCGAACUGUGCUUUUUGCCACCGACUGUGUAGCCACUGCAGCUAUCUGGGAAGGAUUAAAUCCACUUCGUGGCUCGGGCUCCCCUCUCAGCCGAGAAUGGCGAAGAGAAAAUAAUAUCCUCUUGGACUCGUACCUUCCUUCGGUAUCCAUUAUCAUACCGGUCUACAAUGCCGAUGAAUGGCUUGAUGAAUGCUUAGCGUCCGCUAUAACUCAGUCAUAUCGCGGUCCUGUAGAAAUAAGCGUGUACAAUGAUGCUUCAACAGACAGAUCUGACGAAAUAAUUCACGCGUGGACACCGAUUCUCCGUAGUCAUAGUUUAUCUGUAAUCGCAGCAGAUCGUCAAUGGCAAAGGACUUGCGUAGUCACUCAAAUACCAUACCUCCGUGAUGAAUACAUACGAGCUGGGGGCAUCGGCCACAGUAAAAACGAGUGCGUCGAUCAGUCUGUUGGCGACUUCCUUGUAUUUCUUGACGCUGACGAUGUGUUGCGUCCAAGACGUGUUCAUGCACAGGUGCAACUGCUAGGGGUAUGCUCGACAGUUCUUGUCGGUGGCUGCUGGAGGAGAUUCCCACAUGGCUCGACAAAGCACUAUGCGCAAUGGGCAAAUGCGCUUGCUGAUCCCACAGAUCUUUGGCUAGAACAGUUCCGCGAGACAACUGUUCAAAUGCCAACAUGGUGCAUGGAACGGAGUAUUUUUUUUUCUACUGGGGGUUUUGUUGAAUCCUCUCCCGAAGCCGGGGAGGGUGAAGACCUCGUAUUUUUCCAUGCUUUCUUAAACCUGUGUGGACAAUACAAUCUCUCCCGUGGUCUCCCAUCUUUUGCUCGCGCAGGUUGCCAGACUGAUCCCGUGUUGUUAUAUCGCUGGUCGCCAGGUUCUGGGACAACUCGUGUUCCUCGCCAACGCCUAUUGCACAUACGAGCUGUCGCGUUUGAAUACAGAGUCUUGUCUUCAUUCGCAUGGUCUCGCUUCGCUGUCUGGGGUGCCGGACGUGAUGGUCGCAACUUUCUGUCAGCACUUAGUCUGAAAGCAUUUAAGCAAGUUGCGGCCUUCAUAGAUAUUGACCCAAAGAAAUGUGGACGCGUAUAUAAAAUUUCCCGCAGAUGUCUUUCACUUGAAGUCCCAAUUCAUCACUUUUUGGUUUUCAUUGACAACGUUAAGCAUGAAGGCCACAUAUGGGCAAGUGGUGGCAAGAUUCCCAAGGCUAGGCAUCAGAGGCCAAUUCCAAUUGUAGUGUGUGUGUCUAAGCGUCGAAAAGGCUCUGGAAAUAUUGGCGAUCUGGAACGUAAUGUGGAUAUGGUUGAAUUAACUGAAGGGGAUACCCUGUGGUACAUAACUUGACUGAGUUUCUUGGCACCUGUUCGUGACUUGCAGUUGUCAACAACACCCGAUUUUUUAAUAUAAAUCCGUUGCAAGUACGGAAGUACUUACAUAAUUUCGAUAGUAAUUUCAUUAGAAAGUUGAUCUUGUAUAUAUAUUAUUAAGAACCUCGCUCGGGGGUAUGCGAAAUAGAUAGAUGAUACUAAUAUCAUAGCAUAAUUUAAUGUUACCUUCGAGAGUCCG